AUGCAAUGUCACGGUCCCUGGACAUCUUCUGCAGAAUACCUAAAGUCUGUCGCUCGCCGUGAGAUCGAAUGGAUCAAUGCCCAUGCGAACCCACAGGAGCCGAGUGAAACUCCAUGGCAGUACACGAGUCCACAUCAGAAGUCUCCAGAGGCUCACACAGUCCUGUUAGAGAAAUUCUUAGCCGCAAUUCCAUACAUCACCCCCAAGGACCCAGAGCUCGUCUCUCCCAGACUUUGGCACCCAGACUUCCAUGCUGGUAACGUCUAUAUCGACGACCAAGACCGAAUAUCAUGCAUAAUUGACUGGCAGGGAGCCUGGGCUACCCCGGUGUUCAUCGGUGCCAAUCCCCCAUUGCUUCUAGACUAUGGGAUUGACAUGUUGAUGAAGCUUCCUGAAAACUUCAAAGUACUCGACGAUGCUACAAAAGAUAAGCUUAAAUACCAAGUGUCUCAGUCUAUCUUGAUUCACACGUAUGAAGAGUCUACGAUGGAGAGGAAUACUCUGAUGUACAAAGUUAUGCAUCAUCCCCAUGGCCAGACCCUCAAGCAAUUAGAAGCUUUUGUUGGCUCUACCUGGGACAACUGUCUCUUUCCCCUUGAAGAAUGUUUGAUUCGCGUUGAGAGUGAGUGGAGCCACUUUGGUACAAACGAACCAUGUCCGUACCAUUUCUCAGCAGAGGAGAUACAGCAACACGACGAAGAGGCGGGGUCUUUCAACAAGAGCCAGGAACUCUGGAAAGAGCUACAAGGUGUUUUGACUGAUGAGGGCUAUGCGUCGAAUGAGGGUUUCAGUAAGGCUGUCGAGAUAAUCAGAGACUUAAGAGAAUUCGGGCUAAGUGGCCUGGAGGGCGAGGAACGACGCAGCUUCGACAAGGAGACGCGCUGGGUCGCAAAUUUACGCAGCCGCAAAUUUGUUGCAAAGGAAGAUUGUUGA